AUGCGGCGCUACAAGGCUCAGUUUCGGAGUUUUACACUGACUCUCAGCUACUCAUUUCCGUGGCGUGGACUGUUUGCUUCAAGGCUGGUACGCGACCGGUCCGCGCUGGAACUUUCUGAUUCCUCAGCCUUUGACAUCGCCAGCUUCAGCCUUCACCUUUGGACAUCAUUCGUGUUCUCCUCACGCGCAGAAUCAGUAAAAAUGGCUGCAACGACAGCCUCUUGGCGCGUCUUCCACACAGCAGAGCUUCUCGAGCAAAUUCUGCUGGAUGUCUCACCAGCUUCGACAGGACAGCUUGUUCACGACGCAAACUACGAAUACAACGAAGGUGAUGAAAUUGACGACGAAGAAGACGACGACGAAGACGCUCUCUCGAGCCGUCUGACUCUUCUGCGCUGCCAGCGAGUAAGCAUCGCGUUCCGCAAUACCAUUGCCAGCUCGCCGCAGCUUCAACGAUGCCUGUUCUUCUCGCCUCCUUCAGCUCCCACCGCCAAUUCCUUCCACUUGAACACCCUAGCAAUUUCCAAAGAUGCCAUUUGCUAUCUGUGCCACAAGCUCGAUUUCGGAAUGGAACUGUACAACGGACAGCUGAACUUCUACUUCUGCGAUGCUAGUUGGUUCCGUGGUGCUCUACAGCUUUCGAAAGUGGACCGUCAAGCUUCAUGGCGUCGCAUGUAUCUUCGAAGCGGAGGCCUGCAGGUGGAAAGAAUUGCCGUCUGGGCAAAUCGAGGACGCUAUCUGAUCCCAGGCGGCCCCUAUCGCCAGCGGGUGGACUGGGAGGUCAGCCUGGCUGAUCCGACAAUUGGCGAUGGCAGGCAUUUCACCCGAACCGAGCCACUUGCACGGAAGACACGAUAUCUGUCUUGA